AUGUAUUCCCCUAUCGAUUCCAGAAGUAUACAUCUAAGUGGUGUACUGAUUGAUACACCUUCAAAAACUAAGCAUAUAACAAAAUUAAGCUCAGCUAGCGCUUGCAAUCCAGUGUGCAAGUCAAAAAAAAAUGAAAUAUGCGUUAUUAUUAGUAAUGGAGAUGAAUCUGUAAGCCAUUGUGCGUGUCGACCAAGUUUUGGGCGCAUAUUUCCGGACCGACCUUGCAAGCCCACAUAUACCUACGAAAUGCAAAUGGAAACUCUCCGGGUUGGAAACUACAUCCUCAAGUUCAACGAUGGGCUUAAAAGUAAUGUGUCAAACGAAUAUCGUCACCUCAGUGGAAUUAUACUAGACGCCGUCGAUCGCAUGAUUAUGCAAUCGGACUUUCGGGACGUUUAUCAUGGAGUGCAAUUAAUUAGCAUUGCUGCUAAUAAGAAAGAUAAUAUCAUUAGUAAAUUCUUGCUGCAGUUGUCUGAGAACAGCGAUCAAAAGCGACUGUCAUCCGUUUUUAAAAAAUAUUUGCGGCAAAGCAACUUUAGUAUUGGAGGCACUGAGUUAUAUACCUCAAAAGAAGGAAUUAAUUCAUUAGAAUUCAAAGAUUUCGACGAAUGUCUUCACGAUAAUUUUCAUGACUGUUCGACCAAUGCUCAAUGCUUUAACUUGGGUGGCAGUUACACAUGCAGUUGCCGGGAUGGUUAUGUAGAUAUAUCUGAUAACGCCAUUUAUCCAGGUAGAAAAUGCUCAGAUAACAUAAUUGGCUGUGAAAAGUGCAAUUACCACGGCAAAUGUAUUAGAACGCCGCUGGAUAAAGUUCUGAAGUUAACUACGGUAUGCCAGUGCUUUCCUUGGUAUGCAGGAACGACAUGCCAACUAAAUCUUAAGAUACUUUUGAUCUGUCUGAUUGCCAUCGGCACAGUUCUGUUUAUUUUGCUCCUGUUUUGCAUAUUAAUUAUACACACAAAGCGUAAGAAUCAGGGCGCUUCCGCAAGUUCCAUGUUUAUUGCAGCAUCAAAUAUACACCCUAGUAUGCUGACAUCAUCUGGAAAAUCUCGAAUUGUGGAAUAUAUAAAUGAUUCCAAUAGCGAAUCAAGUUAUAGCUCAGGAUCUAUUUUGCAUAAGAAAGGACAUGGGGUGAAAAGGUCGAAAAUGAAAUCGAAAGUGGAAGUGCUUACAAAAACAAAUUUAGCCAACAAAUGCAAAGUUACUUCAAUACGGAAUAUGUAUGACGUACUUGAUUUAAGUGAAGCAAUUGAAGAACACGACAUUCCAUCAUAUAACAUGGAUGAAGGUGUUGCUGAUACAGACCAAGCCGAUCGUUCUCUCACCUUUAUGAUACCACGUGCUAAAUUCCGCCAACCGUAUAUUUUAAAAAAUUUUCAACUGAAUAAUAAUCUAACCUUGGAAAAAAAAGAAACACAAGGAGAUUUGCAUAAAAAGGAGGGCUUGGAAUAUCGAUCUGUUUUUAUCGAUAGGUCAAAGCAGCUUUUAAAAAAAAUUGAACAUUCCGCUCAAGAACGCAUCACACCCACUAGUGCAUUAGUUUCUGCUGGCUAUGAAGUCUCUGCUAUUGUAAACGAUUCCUGCGCCGCACCUGGCAAAGUCGUAUCAACCAUGACUGUUGAUAUAAAAUCCCAACAGAAUGUAAAACUAGAUUCUGAGUAGAUUCGAUUAAC